AUGGCGACCAACACCCCUUCAGACGCGGCCACGACCGUGCACUUGUCCCCCAGAACCUCGCCCGGCUACACCCACGUCGCCGGCUUGACGGAUGAGUGCGCGAAGAAAACAUCCGAGCUGCUCACCGUCAAUCAUAAGCUGUAUCACACAAGAUGGAACUUGACUUUUCACAACCACAUUGCCCACCACCUGCUCGCCAUUUGGGCUUUGGGUGGCUCCCCUGCUGAGAUCCAGGACAUGUGGGACUACAAUGCGCCUUACCAGGGUGCCAUUGAGCGCCCUCGUGCAGCAGACUCGCCAGAACCAGACCUCAAGGACCCGGUGCAGUUUGAAAAAUGUCUUGGUGUAGACGACUGCUACCUCGACUUUUUGAGAUUUUUCGAAGGCGAGAUUGCCGAAAAGGGUGUUCCCGCUGUUAUUCAUGAGUACCUUCUCAAGGGGGAUGAGCGAGCGGACGAUAUUUUCGGGCGCAUGUACACCGACCUGGUACACCCGAUCAUCCACCUCGGGUCGGCUCUUGAGUUCGACCAACCGGGCUUGGUGGCCGAAGCACUCGCCGGCGCUUGUGUUCACUUUAGUUGGCCCAAGACGUUCCUGUUGCCCACAGAGGAGCAUGUCCGGUCCAACCCGGGCGAACAGUCAACGCCGUUCCUCCAGUUGCUGGAUGGAAUGCGCCAUGACCCUGUCAUUGCCUCUGGCGUGCGUGAUGGCGACCCUUUCAACAAAAUCCCGGAUGCGUUCCUCAAGCGCGUGACGCCGGCUCAGCUGGUACCUCACUUGAGCCGGUUCCGGGUGAAGGCGGAGCCGGAGGAUUUGCGGCGUAAGACGACGGAGAUGCUCUACGCCAGUGCGUAUGUGCUGGGCGCAGCGCAACGGCCCGGGAAGCGUGAGAAGAUGGAUUUUGUGACGCUACACAGUGCCACACUCGCGGUAUUCUACCCGGCCUUGCUAGCGCUGGACUGGCUGUCGGAUGCCGAGAAAGCGCGCAUGCUGGAGGCCAAGGUCCGCGUCGAUGCCGUCAUGUACGCAGGCUGUGCCUGCCCGGCGUUGUACCCGGAGCGCAUCAUCGACUAUGUGCCCCAACACCCAGCCGACGGCUGGCCGGAGCUUAUUCACCGGGCCAUUGUCUACCGCGAUGAGGGCCACGCGGCGAAGCUAAUCCGCGCCCUCUACUGCGUGGAGCAACUCGAUGAGCCGGUUCCCGAAAAUUUCCCGAUUGGAAAGGAGCACCUCAUCAAGAUCGCACACAUGGCGAUGGAUUCCAUUGAAGCGUCGCUGGAACCGGAUGGUCAUAACACCCCGGAUCACGUCGCGAAGGCGGUGCUGGACCGGGUUGGCCACGGCGGCGAGAUGGUUUUGAAUAACACCAUCCGUUGGGUGUUUUACGGUGGUCUGGAGAAAGCUUGGUUGUAUGUGCCCGAGAAAAAGAUCCCCGUGUAA